AUGGAGACUGAUGAAACACGAAGAGAUCGGAAAACAGAAAAAAUUGAAAUGGAUGUUCAAAAGAAGAAUGGUAGUAAUGGAACAAUUAAUCAUGAUCUCUUAGACUACGAACCAAGCGGUUGGUUGGAAGUCACUCUGUCCAAGAUGGGUCACUCCACCGAGGACUUCAUAAGGAACAACAUCUCCUCCAUGAAGAUCAUCUCUCUGUUUAUUCUGAACGGACUCGUGAUCGGCUUCUUCUUCGCCUGCAUGUAUUACUGGAUGUAUCACGAUAAUAGGCCCUUAGAGUUGUGUAAUGGCUUCGGCAGUCUCAUAGCGUUCCUGGGUAUCAUAUAUUUCUUCCUCAUCUAUUUCCAAGUCUUAAAAAGAUUCUUUGGGAAAUGGUUCGAGAGGACCAUUUGGAGGAGAGUCAAAAAUAGUUGGUCAAAGUUAUGGAAAAUACCGAUUUAUAAAUGGUGUUUUUGUGUAGCUAUUUCGCUAGCCAUAGCCCUUUUCUUGUAUUGGGACACUAGAGAUAAUCCUCAAAGACUUAUUUCACUUCUCGGUCUUUCUGUUUUAUUACUUUUAGGUUUCUUAUUUUCUCUACACCCUGGUCGGAUAAACUGGAGAAGUGUGACAGUUGGUCUUUUCGUACAAUUUUUAUUCGGCUUAGUCUUUAUACGUUGGGAUGCUGGCAGGAUGGCAUUACAAUGUUUCUCUAAUAAGGUGGCAACAUUCUUAUCAUAUGGUGUAGACGGUGCAGCCUUCGUUUUUGGAGAUUUCCUUGUUAGACAGGAACAAGUAUUUGCUUUUAACGCUCUCACAGUUAUAUUCUUCUUUAGUAUGCUAGUCGAAGUUUUAUUCUAUUGGGGCGCUAUGCAGUGGUUCUGUCUGAAACUUGGCGGAGUACUGCAAGCUGCUACUGCUACCACAGUAUGCGAGAGCAUGAUUGCAGUUGGAAAUGUCUUCCUUGGUAUGUCGGAAUCAGUGCUACUUAUAAAACCCUACAUUCCCGUACUGACGCCUUCAGAACUUCACGUUGUCAUGUCUUCUGGAUUCGCAACAGUUUCUGGUACGAUACUGGCUGCGUAUAUAAAUUUCGGCGCUGAGCCGGCCCACUUGGUGACAGCGAGUGUGAUGUCAGCGCCGGCCGCGCUCUGCUUCUCAAAGCUCAUGUAUCCUGAGACGAGACGUUCUCUCACUACCGUAGACAACAUACCAAGUGUGGAAAGACAGGAUCAAUCGGCGCUAUCCGCAGCAACCCGUGGCGCUACCAAUGGCAUAUCACUGAUCUUGAACAUCAUAGCGAAUCUGGUGGCUUUCGUUGCCUUUAUAUCUUUCGUGAACGGCUUUCUGGGUUACUGCGGUGGAUUGCUUGGCAACCCAGAGAUCAACUUAGAAUGGAUAUUCGGCAAGAUCUUCAUACCAUUGUGUUGGCUGAUGGGUGUUCCGUGGGAGGAGUGCGAGCUGGUGGGAUCUCUGAUAGGUCUCAAGACAGUCGUCAACGAGUUCGUGGCGUACCAGCGCAUGGGAGAGAUGAAGCGAGAGGGCCUGCUGUCGCCGCGGUCCGAACUGAUCGCGACCUACUCCCUGUGCGGCUUCACGAACCCUUCGUCAGCUGGCAUCAUGAUCGGAGCCAUCUCCGCGAUGGCACCCAACCAGAGAGAGACACUAUCCAGUUUGGCUGUGAGAGCAUUUUUCACUGGAUGUGCUAUAUGCUUCAUGACUGCAUGUAUUGGAGGUAUCCUUAUGCCAGAAGAUUCAUUCGUAUGA